GCACUCAACAUCCUGAUAGUUCACGAAUAGGUGUUGGAAAACUCAUGUCCUGCUCUGUUUUUCCAUCAUUAUUUCGCGUCGGUAUUUAAGGGCUGGAAGAAUCACGUGUUUAAACCUAAUCGAAUUCCGAAAUAUGUCUUGUGAUUUUUUCGGUUGUGUUUAGUGAUAUAAUUCUGUUGAUUUGAGUUCUUUAGUUUGAAAUGGGUGACAGAGAUUUAAUUACCAAUGGUUUGCAAAAGACUGAUAAGUCGCCAGACAUCGAAAGCGGGAAAGUGGUGGAUUUGGACAGCCAGCCAGGUAAGGAGUCUGCCGCCGCCACGUUAAGAAGCAUCAGAAACCGACCAGUACGCGUGUUGCUGCGGCGUGUGGCGGUCAUGGCUGUUAUUGUAGCGAUCCUAGUGUGCCUGGGGGCUGUUGUUUGGUACUUUAUGGGAUGGAUGUCGCUGGUGCAGCUGAUAUUAGUGGCCCUUAUCGCCUAUUUAGCUUCGGGAAAGUACCGGUGGUUCUAUGUGGCUGCUAGAACGGCGCCCAGGGACCUUAGGGCCCUGUACCGCUUCAUCCGGCUACAGUUACAGAUCAAAAGUUAUGCCAGAAAGAACUUAACACUGGCUGACAUCUUCAGAGAGAACGUGAAAAAGCAUCCGAGCAAAACUGCGAUCUGUUUCGAGGAUCAAGAGUGGGAUUUCGCAAAGUUGGAAGAGUAUAGCAAUAAAAUCGCCAACGUGUUCAAAAGCCAUGGCUACAAAAAAGGCGACGUGGUUGCUCUUUUCAUGGAAAACAAACCUGAGUAUAUCGGAGUUUGGCUGGGCUUGUCCAAAUUAGGUGUUAUUGUACCUUUUAUCAACACUAACUUGAGGCUCUCUACGUUGGUCCAUUCCAUAACGAUAGCCAAGUCACAAGCUGUCAUUUUCGGAAGCGAGUUAUCAGAUGCCAUUUCCGAAAUAUUGGAUAAGGUAGAGUCUAAGACUGCUCUGUAUCAGGUGAAUGGAGGAAAUAACAACAAAUCGAGUUCUGACCAGAGAUUUAAACCUCUCGAUGAUUAUUUGAAAGAUAGUCCAAGUUCUGCUUUACCAACUCCAGAAAACCUAAACCACCAUAGCAACCUUGUAUACAUAUAUACUUCUGGUACAACCGGCCUUCCAAAAGCAGCGGUGAUUAGCAACUCUAGGUACAUUUUUAUCGCUGCAGCAAUCCAUUGGCUGGCUGGUUUCAAGAAUACCGAUCGUUUUUAUACACCUCUUCCUUUGUAUCACACUGCUGGCGGUUGCAUGAGUGUCGGGCAAAUGAUAAUCUAUGGUUCGACUUUGAUAAUCAGGAAAAAAUUUUCAGCUUCAUCGUACUUCACUGAUUGUCAAAAAUACAAAGCUACAGUCGCUCAAUACAUAGGAGAAAUGUGCAGGUAUAUCUUGGCAGUACCUCCAAAAUCUGCCGAUAAAGAACAUAGUUUAAGGAUGAUUUUUGGCAACGGACUUAGACCUCAGAUCUGGGUAGAAUUUGUAGACAGGUUCAAUAUAUCGAACGUGGCCGAAUUCUAUGGCGCCACUGAAGGAAAUGCCAAUAUUGUCAACAUCGAUAACACAGUUGGCGCUAUUGGCUUCGUGUCCAGGAUUAUACCCUCAGUCUAUCCUAUAUCCAUCAUCAAGGUCGACCAAAACACCGGUGAGCCUAUAAGGGAUCACAGAGGUCUCUGUAUGCCAUGCGAACCAAAUGAGCCAGGAGUCUUCAUAGGAAGGAUAAUAGCCAACAAUCCUUCCAGAGCUUUCCUUGGUUAUGUGGAUAAGAAGGCAUCUGACAAGAAGGUGGUUAAUGAUGUUUUUUACCAUGGCGACAAAGCAUUUCUGUCAGGCGAUAUUGUUGUAGCUGAUGAAUUUGGAUAUCUUUACUUCAAAGACAGGACCGGUGAUACUUUCAGGUGGAAAGGGGAGAAUGUCUCAACUUCGGAAGUAGAGGGGGUGCUGAGCAACAUACUGGAUUAUAAGGAUGUGGUGGUGUAUGGAGUCGAGGUUAGAAACCAAGAAGGUCGCGCUGGAAUGGCAGCAGUCUUAGAUCCAGAUGACAACGUUGAUCUAAAUACGUUGGCAGAAGGAUGUCGGAAGAGUCUACCAUCCUAUGCCAGGCCGAUAUUUAUUAGGAUACUGAAGAAAAUGGACAUGACAGGCACUUACAAGUUGAAGAAAGUGGAUCUUCAGAAAGAAGGGUUCGACCCAUCACAAACGACUGAUAAUAUCUACUACCUGGACAGUUCGGGUUUCUAUUCCUUGCUAACCAAAGAUAUUUACAAUAAAAUCGAUAGCGGUUCAAUUCGGGUUUAAUAUUAGGUGUAUAGUGUACUUACACUGGAAUUAUUGUGAUCAAGUAAAUUGACUGAGAAACUGCGAUGCGAAUCUGUAUGUGUGGAUAGUAAAUCAAUCUUUACUAAUUUUAAGGUUUUAUACUGGAUGAUAAGCAUAUUUUAUAUAGGUGCAUAUUUUUCUAUAACAUUGCUGUUUUGUUAUUUCAUUUCUAGAAAAUAUUGCUGUAAACAUAAGUUGAAAGAAAUGGAAGUAAAUAUAUUGAUAGUUAAUUAUAUGAUCAAUUGGUA